GUGUGUGUGUUGUCACUCUCCUCCAACCUGCUCCCCGCUCAGCAUGGCCAGAUUUACGCAAAGUGAAAGCAGAAGGGAUCAGCAGCAGCAUCAUCCCCAGCCGACUCAUCCCGCCCCCGUCAACCUGCUUCUACAGCAGCCGCUCCUACUUAUCCCUCAUCAGAAUCAGCUCGCGCACAUCCCGGUUCCGAAACCCAUGAACGGACCAGAAACUGUAUCCAUGCACACGGACUGCGGCGCCAUGAAAGACCAGGACGCCAUCAAGCUCUUCAUUGGACAGAUUCCGCGGAACCUCGAGGAAAAAGACCUGAAACCUCUCUUUGAACAGUUUGGGAAAAUCCACGAACUGUCUGUUCUGAAGGACCGAUACACAGGCAUGCAUAAAGGUUGUGCGUUUCUCACCUACUGUGCCCGGGAUUCUGCCAUCAAAGCCCAGAAUGCAUUGCAUGAGCAGAAAACCCUACCUGGGAUGACUCGUCCCAUCCAAGUGAAACCAGCUGACAGUGAGUGUCGUGGAGAGGACAGGAAGCUGUUUGUGGGGAUGCUGAACAAGCAGCAGACAGAGGAGGAUGUGUACCGCCUAUUUGAGCCCUACGGCGCCAUCGAUGAGUGUACCGUACUAAGAGGUCCUGACGGAAACAGCAAAGGUUGUGCAUUUGUGAAGUUCUCUACUCAUUCUGAAGCGCAGUCUGCCAUCAGUUCCCUUCAUGGGAGUCAGACCAUGCCGGGAGCGUCGUCCAGCCUCGUCGUGAAGUUUGCAGACACAGAUAAGGAGAGGACCAUACGGCGCAUGCAGCAGAUGGCUGGACAGUUUGGCAUCUUCAACCCCUCUGUCGCCCUACCUACGUUCAGCAGCUACAGUAGCUAUGCACACGCCUUGAUGCAGCAGCAGCAGCAUGCAGCGGUGAUGGCCAUGUCUCAGGGGGGCUACCUGGCCCCCAGCCUCUCCUUCCCCUCCGCCCAGAUCCACCAGGUGGGGGCGCUAGCAAUGAACGGUCUGCCGCCCAACCCCCUCAAUCUCGUGUCAGGUCUGAGCUCUCCUCCAGCCGCCCUGCCCUCCUCCCUGACCAGCCUGGUGGCCCCAAUGAUGAACGGGUACACCGGCCUCACCCACCAGGCUAACGGGCACCCUCUAGAAACCCUCUACACCAAUGGCCUGCCGACCUACUCCACCCAGAGCCCUACUGCUGCGGACACACUGCAACAGGCCUUUACUGGGGUACAGCAAUACACAGCCAUCUACCCAGCAACUACACUGACCCCUCUAGGUCAGUCACUUUCACAGCACCCUCAGGUCAUUGGCCAACAGCAGAGGGAAGGUGAGGGACCAGAGGGCUGUAAUCUGUUCAUCUACCACCUGCCCCAGGAGUUUGGCGAUAACGAACUGAUGCAGAUGUUCCUGCCCUUCGGCAAUGUUAUCUCCUCCAAGGUAUUCAUGGACAGAGCGACCAAUCAGAGCAAGUGUUUCGGCUUUGUGAGCUUUGAUAACCCGGGUAGUGCCCAGGCUGCCAUCCAAGCCAUGAAUGGUUUCCAGAUUGGCAUGAAGAGACUCAAGGUGCAACUCAAACGUCCCAAAGACGCCAGCCGCCCUUACUGACACCCCCCAGUACAGUAUCUGUAUUUCUCUUCCCUCUUCUUUCCACUUUCUCCCUCUUCCUUUCUCUUCCUCCAUAGGUUUAAUCAGAGGUAUGGAGGACGUCUUUGAUUGAAUAAGGCAUUUUGUGUUGAAUAAGACAUUUUGUGAAAGGAAAAAAGGAAAAAGUUAUUCUGUUUUUAAGACAAUGGAAAAUAGACUUCAUAUGGGAGUUGGGAAGAGAUCUCUUUUUAUCUUCAAUCAUAUCUGACUGGCAGAGGGAGGACUCACAGCUCUGCACCAGUGAAGGUUUGGCAUCACAGAUGAGAGAGCAAUGGGAUGAUGCAUAAGGAUAGAACAAGACUUUCAAAACAAACAGAAAACUUUUUUUUAAAGAUACAAACACACAAAAAAAACACAAUUUAGAAUCUUUGGAGACUUGAGAGUGAAGAAGAACACCACAGACAGACUGAGAAACUGUGUUAAAAAAUAAUAUGGAUUUAUGAUGAACUCAGAAGAGUCUAGUGAACAAAAAGAGACUUCAGGUUUUUCCUACCAUGAAAUGGACAAAUGAGGGUUGAAACUUGAUCUGAGGAUUCUAAGUAUAUCUGGGGAAAAAAAUAUUUCUUUCUCUGUGAGUCCUGAACCUGCUCUUUCUCAAGUUUCCAUAGCAACCGAACAAACUGCACCCCCUUGGGAUCUGAGGACCAAAUGUUUUUCUCUUUAACAGGCUUGUACAAAAUACUAACAAUCAUAUAAUACAAUACAGUAUAAUGUUUAGUCUAGUACAAAUUAACAAUCAUUAAAUACUUAAAUGCAGUAUUCUACCUUUAGUUUAGUACACAUAAUAGUGACAGAGAAGUACUUCAGGUCGGCAUUGGAUUUAUUCACCAUCAGUGUACUGCUGACUACUAAGGAGUAUGUAAAUGUGAAAUGGGAUCAUUUAGAAUUCAGUUGGAGAGGUUAGUGAAGAAGAAUGUUGCCCCGAGCUCUUUCUGUGGGAUGGAAUACAUUAUGAAGUGUUUGUUUGUUUGUUUGUUUGUUUGAAAGCCACCUUUUAUCAUCCUUUUACUGAUAGGCUACACUUCCUCUUUGGGCACUCAGUUUGACCCUUGAACUUUUAGUUUUGUCUCCCUCUGUGCAGCAACCACUCUGAGCCUCCAUUCUAUUCAAAGUUGCCCAUAGUCACAGAUGUAGGAUCAGCUCACUUUGCCCAAAUACUAACCUUAAGCAUUAGGAAGAAAAUGCUAAACUGUACUUAGAUCAGUCUGAAGGGGCUAUGUCAUCCUACUUCAUUCUAUUCUGCCUAUAAAGCAAAGGCCAUUGGCUCACAUUCCGUUUCAGAAGCUUACUACAGUUCUCGGCUCAGGGGUUAAAAGGUCUCGAGUCAGGUGUGCCUAAUGUUCGGAUGAGAUUGUCCAUAGAAACUGAUCUUAAGUCAGUUUUCUGGUUAAGGUGGUUAAUGGUUAAAGUUAGGAUUUGGGGAGGGCCAGCUGAUCCAAGAUCUGUGUGUCCACUUUGAUUAGCCAGUAGAUUUAGCAGGAUGCAUUGCUUCGUUCAUUGGGUCUGUUUUGUGACAAAGAAAGUAUUUGUGUAUUUACAUUUCAGGGAUUAUUUUAACGAGGGCCAGGGGAUUUUUCUGGUCAGGUCACAUGCUCCGGAAAAACUCCUUUACCUUACCAUAACACAAAAAACCACUAGUACAGAUGUAGGAUCUUAAUUUGAGCCAGUUUUCUACAGCAGGAAAAUAGUCCUGCAGCAACAGGAUAUUUUAAUUAUUAUGUGGAUUAUACUGUAAUUAAUGGACAUUUUUGU